AGACAAGGGAGCUAAUCCCAACGCUAUUUACCGCACGUGCUCACUGGAUCCGAUCUCACAACUGUUAACCGACGACUUGAAGAUGAACUUGGAGCAGAAAGAAGCUUUGGAUAUCGCCCUAUCCGGCCACAAUCUGCUUAUAACGGGACAGUGCGGCACCGGAAAAACGUAUACGCUGAGGAAUAUCAUCAAGGCUCUCAAGUCAGCUGGACGGAAAGUGGGAAUAACUGCUGUCACAGGUCUGGCCAGCAAACAGUACCAGGAUUUGGGAGGAGAGACGCUGCAUCACUGGGCUGGGCUGUUUGAUGGAAGAUUUUCCAAGGAGGAGGUCCUUACUAACGUACUCAACAAUGAUGCAUAUGGGAAUUGCCUCAAAAACAUAACCCUUUCAGAAGUUCUCAUCAUUGAUGAAAUAGGAAUGCUCAGCGCUAAACUGUUUGAGGUUCUUGAAUAUGUAUGCAGUCAUUGCCGCAGUAAAGAACAUUGGUUUGGUGGCUAACAGAUCAUUGCUUGUGGAGAUUUCAAGCAACUUCCUCCAGUUCCUGACCACUUUCAUAAUGAUCCAGGACUUUUCUGCUUUCAGUCAUGUGUGUUCAAACAUAUAUUUCCUCACCACCUAAAUUUCCAAGAUUUGAUUGUCGCCAUCAAUGAACUCUGUAAUGGACGCCCAUCGGAGGAAACUCAUACACUAAUGAAGAAUCUCAAUAGACCACUCAACACAAACAAAAGACCAACCUUGCUCUUUGGGACAAAUUUUGAUGUAGAAUAUGAAAAUCAGAUGGCACUGCAUGAAGAUGGGGAAAACAUAAUAUGAUAUAGAGCGCUGGACUCGGGUGAGACACUGUUGCUGCAGCGAUGUCAAGCGAAGAAGAACUUACAGUUGAAAGUGGGAGCACCUGUUAUCCUCAUAAGAAAUGUGAAACAUUCUUUGGUGAAUGGUUCAAAAGGAACUGUUCUUUCUUUCACAGACAAGGGUCCAGUUGUUGAUUUUGAUGGCCUAUGUGUACUUGUUGAACCCCUCAACUUUGAAAUUUAUUACUCUAACAAGAAGAAAGUGCAAGCCAACAGAAAACAGAUCCCUUUACGCCUGGCCUUUGCUUUGACAGUACAUCGAGCUCAGGGUAUGACCAUCGACCCUCUCAUAGUUGAUUGUGAAAGCUAUUUCCUUCCGGGACAACUUGGUGUAGCUGUAGGGAGAUGCAUCAGCAAAGAGGGUCUACAGGUGAAGAAUUACAAGGAAGAUGUUGCAUCAAAACAACACACAGAUGAAGUUUAUCAUUUCUAUGAUGCGCCCUUUUUUCCAACAAUGACUGACCUAACAUGCUGCAAGAAGGACAGAAACUACAAUGAAAUGAAGGAAACCGAAAGUGGAGAUGAUAGUGAUGGUGACCAUAGGGAUGUGGAUGAUGCUGCUGAAGAUGAAGCUGAACCAUUAGUUGCGCAGGCACCUGCUGUAGAAGUUCCGGAACUGACGGAAGAUGAUAAGACAAGAACUCAUCUGCUGCUGGUUGACUUUUUGAAGAAAAGAGAUAAGCAGAAAAUUAUUCUGAAUCCAUUGGCAGCAAAUCUUCAACAGCACUUUGUUGUUUUGGAACAUCAAGUCAAUAAGCUCCUCAGUCAGCGGUCAGGUACGAUUAUUGACAAAGCUUCUCAGUGGCAGGAGGCCAUCACCAAGUUAACUACUUUUCUAAAUUCUCCAGGGCACCUGUCAUUGAGUAAAAACCUCAGUCAUUGUGAUGAAAUAACUGUUGAGAAGAAAAUAUCCUCAAAGUUGACAAUGUGGAUUAUUGAGUGAGAGGUGGAAAAAGAGCAAGCAUUAUCACUUCUGAACAAAGAGAGAGAAAUGUGGUCGAUGUUGAAAAAAUAACUGUUGAGAAGAAAAUAUCCUCAAAGUUGACAAUGUGGAUUAUUGAGUGAGAGGUGGAAAAGCGAGCAAGCAUUAUCACUUCUGAACAAAGAGAGAGAAAUGUGGUCGAUGUUGAAAAAAUAACUGUUGAGAAGAAAAUAUCCUCAAAGUUGACAAUGUGGAUUAUUGAGUGAGAGGUGGAAAAACGAGCAAGCACUAUCACUUCUGAACAAAGAGAGAGAAAUGUGGUCGAUGUUGAAAAAAUAACUGUUGAGAAGAAAAUAUCCUCAAAGUUGACAAUGUGGAUUAUUGAGUGAGAGGUGGAAAAACGAGCAAGCAUUAUCACUUCUGAACAAAGAGAGAGAAAUGUGGUCGAUGUUGAAAAAAUAACUGUUGAGAAGAAAAUAUCCUCAAAGUUGACAAUGUGGAUUAUUGAGUGAGAGGUGGAAAAACGAGCAAGCAUUAUCACUUCUGAACAAAGAGAGAGAAAUGUGGUCGAUGUUGAAAAAAUAACUGUUGAGAAGAAAAUAUCCUCAAAGUUGACAAUGUGGAUUAUUGAGUGAGAGGUGGAAAAAGAGCAAGCAUUAUCACUUCUGAACAAAGGAAUGUGGUCGAUGUUGAAGAUACGACAUGGUUGGAAAGAGGUGGAAUUCAGAUGGUGCAAGGUCAGGAGAGUGAGGAGGAUGUGGAAGGAUUUCAUAGCCACAGGACCGCGCUUCUGUCUGGGCAACAUGAGA